AUGGCUAUUGAUGUUCCCCGUUCAGUGAUUCAGAAAUUGAUGUUCUUCACUGUGGCAAUGGUUGCCUUGCCUCUGUUGACUUUCUUUGGCGUUCAACAGUAUACAGCCAAUACCCUGAUAAGUGGAGGUCUAGCAGCAGCAAUGGCAAACGUUGUUUUGAUAGGAUAUGUUAUAGUAGCAUUCACUGAAGAUACAAGCAAGCUCGAAGAGACUAAGAAGGAGAAAUGA